AAAUAUAGACUGAGAUUCGUAAAGUAACAAGUACGAGGCGAAAAUGAACCUUUGAGUCGCUGUGACACGGUAGGAGAACUGUUGAAAUUGGCUGCACGAGUGGGCGUGUACUAUAGAGAACACCUGGGACGAAAUACGCCAUUUAGUUAAACACGCAUAAGAACUUUACAAAACGCGUCGGCGUGCCGCACAACGAAAAGCGGGGAAGCGAUAAGAAGAGGCGAUUAUUCUGUUCCGGUCCCGGGCGUAUCAGGAAACAAGUCGGGAGCAGAUUCGACUAGGAUCUGGAGGAGGGCGAAAGAAGAUGGCGCUUCAACCGCAUCGCAGAUAGUCGGUUUGCAGAGGAGCGAGGCGACGGCAUGGCCUGAAGUAGGCCAAGGUCGUGAGCUCACGGAGCGGACGUUCCGAGCGGAGGUAGAAGGCGGCGCCGUGUGAACGAAGAGCAAGGUCAUUCUGCGUCAAGAAAGUGGGUUCCCUUGAUUGAUCCAGAGGACUUUUGUGGUCCUCCAAAUGGAUUUGUCAAAUGUGACAUAAAAAUAUCCGCUAGAGGAGAACGUAUUGAAAUUCCUGUUGUAGAAGAAAAUGAAGAAUAUGACUUUGAUGAUAUAGAAGGAAACCUGAUCAUCCCCGAGAGUGCUCUGAGUGGUAGGCAAAGAGCAGUGUACCAAUUUUCCAUCUAUAAAAUGGACUUGGUUCGCCAACCCUAUGCGACUUUGCUGGAAAGUGCCCUGAAGAAAUUUGGAAAACAAUACUUCACUGGUGUUUAUAUAAAAAUUACAUUUGGUGAUUUG